GUGUCAGUAAAAGGUGAAGUUGCCGUUACAGUUUGAAGUGGAUGUUUCUCUGUCGCAGUGCUGAUUUGAUCAUUUAUCUACUAAAUCAAAUACGAAAAAGUUGGUGUGUGUCUUGAAUUGAAGUUGUUUAAAGCAUCACUCACAAGAAUUUUGUUGGCAGUUUAACGAAGCCAGAAGAGAGCGGUGGAAUCAUGUUGUUGUCAGAUAUCGUUCGGGAGACUCCUUGAUUUGGUCGAAUAUCUUCUCAUCGUUGGCGUAUAAACUGGCUUGAAGAUGCCUUUCGGGUGCAAUCGGGAGUCAACAGUUAAGAUGAAAUCUGGAAAGGCUUCCAAAGCACUUUCUUCAGGAAGGUUAGUAGGCUCUUCAAAGCAACGUAAUGGAAAAAAGAGGUUUACAAGUAGAAAAGCUUCAACUGUAGACUCUGGUUACUCGCUGUAUUCCACAGAUUCUGAGGAUCAGGUUGCCAAUAUUCAUAAAGGCCUUGAUCGAUGUGCAGCUUUAUUGCAAGACAUUUUGAAAAAUGAGACAGCAGAUCAGAAGGUUGCUGCUCUGCCUUCAAAGAAGACAAAUGUUAGAAAAGCAAAACUGGCUUCCAACAAAGGAGAAAACAGUAAAAAGGAAGUCAAGAAAAAUGGGCCUGUUUCCUGUGCUGUAUGUUUGCAGAAAGAGACAGCUUCAACACCAAAGUUGAAGAGGAUACCUGAUGCAGUUGAAGUAGGUGUGAACAACACUACCCAUGUGUCAACGAUGCCACACUCGACAAUUCCAUCAAGUCAGCACUCUCCUGUUAUAAAUCAUUGCCUCUCUGAUCACGUACAGACACAAAUGGGUCUUAUUAAUGACCGUACUCCAGGAGGUCCCUCAAGUAGGAUAUCGCCUCGAUCUUACUACACAAUCUUGGACUCUGGACCCCAAGUUGUUUCAGCAUUUAAUUGUAGGCUGCCUACAUCUACCCCAACUGAGUCUCCAAAGAAUCUUGAGCAUCCGUUAGUAAUACAUUCUAGUAUACCCACUGAGCUUCGUGAUCAACCUGUUCUUCAAAAAGGAUUGAACUUUGUACCGGCAUAUUCGGGUUCAGAUACCAUUGUCCCUACAGCACAACCUGUGGUAACUUUUCCUGUAUCUGCAGUCACAUCUGCUGUGGCUGCACAUCCUUUAGCUCAGCUAGUCUGUAACACUGGCACUGGGUGUAGUCAUUGCCCACAACAAGUAAAGGAACAAGAGCUGCUAAAGUGUAUCCAGUGUCAUACAACCCAAAUGCACCAAGGGGAAGUAUUCCAGCAAGUGGCUUGGGAAGCACAAGGGACUGAUCAAUCAGAUACGGAGCAAAGUGAUGGGACAAUAACUGAAGAUGAUCACAUAAAUUUUGUGGAUAUUACACCAGUAAAAGACACCAGUUGUCAGACCAGCUUUGACAAGCACACAAAACCUAAAAAGCAAAGUCCUGACAAAAUAGCCAAGAAAGUGAAAACUAUCAGAUAUCUGUUGAGUGAACUGAAGGCUAUAAUUAUUGACCAAGAUGAUUCUGAGGCUCACAGAUUGAUAAUGGAACUAGAGGAUAGCAUCUCUCUACUACCAACUGUGAUUGGAAGCACAAAUGUACAAGCAGAAAUAGCUCUGAGUCUCCAACCCCUACGCAGUGAGAAUGCACAACUGCGCAGACGAUUAAGGAUAUUAAACCAGCAACUUCGAGAGCGAGAAAGAGCUGAAAAAGACUCCAGAUCUGUAGAAAAUAAUUUUGAAGUGAUUUCCUUGCAGUCCAUGAAUACAACAUUGCAGGCCCAGCUUUCAGAGUCUGUGAAGGGACUGGAGUCUUUGCAAAAGAAAAAUGAAGAACUGCUGACUGUGAUCGAUAAACAGAGAGAGGAGAAUAAACUGCUUCUCAAAUUAGUGCAGGGGAAGGAACAGGAUCUGUUUGAGAAGAGCCAACAAUGUGAGAUGGACACAACUCGAGUCAAAAUUGAAGUAGGUGAAGCCUUGGCAAAAAUGCGAAACAUUCAGCUGAAGUUGGAAGCUUCCGAGAAGGAGAAUCAAAUUUUGGAAAUAACACUUCGUCAACGUGAUGCAGAAGUGAACAGAUUACGAGAACUAACCAGAAAACUGCAAGGUAGCAUGGCAAGACUCCUUUCAGAUCUUAGCAUAGAUUGCAUGAAGACCAAACCCACAUCCAGACUGACUAGAAACCUCCUACAUGAAUAUGAAAAUCAACUACAAGAUGUUCCAGGUUUGAGUCCUGUGACUGCUUAUCUUAAAAAUCUGGAUAAUAACGCUGAAUACAACACUUCAACUUUAUCAUUUUGUAAAGUUCCUGAAUCUGAACCUCCAGCCAUGCGAGAUCCCCCUUCCUUAACAUCUGCAAACACAGGGACGUGCCAAAGUAAUGUCCUGUCAGGAAAGUCUUCACCCAGAAUCUUUUCCAGGUUUGAUGCGCAGACUGCAUGCCAUAUAACUCAAGGAAGUGAGGAUUCUACUCUGGAUGAAACCACAUACCUUCCUCUAGUUGGCAAUACCACCAAGCAAGAAAAUGAAUCAGCUGAAAGGAGGAAAUGUAUACCAUUACAUUUGAACAGUGGAUCAAAGAAGUUGCACUAUGAUGAUGGAAGUUCAUUUGGAGUGGAAGUAGUGCCAUGUAUCCUAGAUGGCUUACAAAAACCAGAAAAGCCUGUUCCUGAAGAAAUACCUAUUACUCAAAAUUUAAAAGAGAAGACACUGGUAAAUGAUUGUGCAUCAAGAAUGGCAGAGACAGAAAAUAAGCAGAUUCAGUUGAUGCAUUUGGACAUUAGUAUUAAUUCUCCACACACUGCUACAGACCUUCCAAAAUCCAAUUUAAAUCCAUGUACACUUCGUUCAGAUCAGAGAAAUAGGACACUGUUGUAUAAAGACAAGUUUUCAGCAGUAGAUUCAAGCUUCUCUAGUGCUGAUUAUAAAUCUAUAAAGUCAGGCUGGAGUAUUUCAUCCAUUUCUUCAUUUAAUUCUCAUGAUGAACAAGACUUCAAGAAUAGUUUAGCAGCCUUAGAUGCUAAUAUUGCAAGACUGCAAAAGAGCUUGCAGGCGGAUCUUGAGAUAAACCGAUGUCAAAAUAUUUAAUGAUAAACUUGACUUUUAUCUGUCGAUUGUGUAUUCUUUGAUUUUCAACAUAUGAUCUGAUUUAAUGGAAUGUUGUUUUUAAUGCUGUGCACUGAACUUUACAUUUAGGUAAGUUUUUUUUUUCUUGUUUUAUAAUCAUGUCUUUUUUUUCCACUUCUUGGAUUUUAAUUUCAGAAAAUAGAUUCUCAUGCUUCUUUACUAGUUUGUUUUCAUUUUAGAACCAAAUGAAACUUCAUUUGGAUGAAAUUCCUUCAAUUUGUACUUGCAUUUCACAAAUCAUAAAGAUCAGGUCUCUUUCAGGGGAAAUUACAUUUUGUUCAGAUUUUGGUUUUGCCACCAUCUGUGUACAGGCCGUUGUCACUUCUGUCAAAGAUGUAGAAUACUUUACUUUCUAAGCCUUUUGAAGCACAACAGCUUAUCAGUCCUUGAAUUGAUGUCCUACAGAUGUUAGGAAAUAAUCUAAAGCAUCUGUGCAUCUGAAAUUUCAAUAAACUUCAGACUUGCCUUACAUGGGUGCUUCUAAUGCAGUCCAGUAUGGCACCAUUUUAAUUAUCCUCUGGUUAACUUGAAUAUGUUAUCAUUGCUAAUGCUUAAAUUAAAAUCCACCUGGAGAUGUAACAGUUAUUACUUUUGAGGGAUUGAUUGAUGCUGUACAUUAGACACUAGAGACACAAUCUUCUGUUCCUGAAGAUGGUCAGUUAGUGGGAUGGAAAAUUAAUUAGACAUGUUAUGGCAUACCCAAACUCCACUACCUUCCCUUCUCAACCCAGGAAUGAGUCCUACCUGGGAAAGCUUAGAGUCAACCUUCCUAAACCCUGCUUGACUGGAUGGAAAUAGACCUUUUGGUCCAACUUGUCCAUGUUGACCAGAUAUCCUAAAUUAAUCUAGUCCUAUUUGCCAGCAUUUGGUCCAUAUCCCUGUAAACCCUUCCUAUCCAUAUACCUAUCCAGAUGCCUUUUAAAUUUCAUAAUUAUACCUGCAUCCACCACUUCCUCUGGCAGUUCCUUGCACAUAUGCACCACCUUCUGUGUGAAAAGGUUGCCCCUUUCAUCCCUUUUUAAAUCUUUUCUCUCUCAUCUUUAAACCUAUGCCCUCUAGUUUUGGACUCCCCUAUCCUGGGGAAAAAAUCUUGACUAUUCAUCCUAUCCAUGCCCUUCAUAAUUUUAUAAAUUUCUAUAAGGUCACCCCUCAGCCACCAACACUCGAGGGAAAUAGUCCCAGCCUCUCCCUAUAGCUCAAACCCUCCACCCUUGUACAACAUCCUUGUAAACAUUUUCUGAACCCUUUCCAUUUUCAUAACAUCUUUCCUAUAGCAGGGAGAUUAAAAUUAAAUGCAGUAUUCAAAAGUAGCCCAACCAAUGUCGUGUACAACCACAACAUGAACUCUCAACUCCAACACUCAGUGCACUGACCAAUGAAGGCAAACGUACCAAGCGCUUCUUCACUCCCCUGUCUACCUGCGACUCUACUUGCAAGUUACUAUGGACCUGCACUCCAAGGUCUCUUUGUUUGGCAACACUCCCCAGGACCUUACCAUUCUAUGCAUAAGCCUCUACCUGAUUUCCCAACACGCAGCACCUCAUUUAUCUAAAUUAAACUCCAACUGUUACUCCUCGGUCCACCUAAUCAAGGUCCCAUUGUGUUCGGAGGUAAUCUUUGCUGUCCACUACGUCACCAAUUUCGGUGUCAUCUGCAAACUUACCACCGACUUUUCCUGUUUUCACAUCUAAAUCAUUUAUAAAAAUGACAAAAAGUACUGGAUCCAGCACUUGCUGCACAGCGCUGGUCACAGGCCUCCAGUCCAAAGAGCAACCCACCACUACCAUCUGUCUCCUUCCUUCGAGCCAGUUAUGUAUCCAAAUGGCUUGUUGCCCUGUAUUCCAUGAGAUCUAAUAUUGCUAACCAGUCUACCCUGUGGAUCAUUGUCGAAGUUCUUCCUGAAAUCCAUAGACCACGUCCACCCCACUUCGUUCCAUUGAGCAAGCCCAAGACAGUUGUCAGAUUUGCUCACCGAGUCAGUGUUUUUGAUUGCAGACAUUUCAUCACCCUGCUUGGUAGCAUCAUCAGUGUGCCUCUGGUGAAGCAUUGGCGCUCUGUCCUGCUGUUACUUAUGUGCACUGGUUUGUUGGGGUGGUUGGCAUCACUUCCGGUUCUGUUUAUCAGUAGAUUUUGUAUCAGGUCCAGUUCAAUUUUUUAUAUUACAUUACAUUACAUACAAAAUACCAAGCAAGGACUGAGAAAUUUUACUAAGGUCAAACUGGGAGAAAACUGACAAUAAGGAUACACCAACACCAGCUAGCCACCAAGAGACACAACCGGUUCUCACUGGUUUCAAUACACAAGGACAAAGAAGGACACAAAUUCUAUUGGGCCAACAUAUCCAUAAUAGCCCAAGCCAAACAGAUACAGGCCAGGGAAUUCUUGGAGGCCUAGUAUUCCAACCAGAACUCCAUCAACAAACACAUUGAACUGGACCUGAUGAUAAACAGAACUGGAAGUGAUGCCAACCACCCCAGCAAACCGAGGCAUAUAAAUAACAAGCGGGACAGAACACCAACCUUUACCAGAGGCGCAUUGAUGAUGUAACCUAGCAGGGGGAAUGAAACAUCUGUAAUCAAACACAGUAGCGCGGCGACCAAGUCUACAACCCCAUUCAUAACCCGAGCUACAAAUCUUCUUAAAAACUUCAAACUAUCUUUUUUAAUAACUGAUUCUCUAUUGAGGUGAUUAGAUGGAUCCUCAGUCAUGAUCCCUUUAGCAACUACCCUAUUGUUAAAAUCAAUAGGUCUGUAGUUUCAGCUCUGGUUUGUUACCCAUUUUGAAUAUUCAUACAUCAUUAGCCUCCCUCAAGACCCUGGGGUGUAAUCUAUGAUUGUAGCAAAUGUUCAAUCUAUAAUUGAUCCAUUUAUUUAGCAGUUGAUUUUCCUGGUUAUUAUUUGCGUGUAUUUUCCUUGCGAACUUAGUGGCAACUGUACAUUUGUAUUAACUAGCAACUUACUUAUCUACUGGAAUAAAAACUGAUAUAAAGUAGUAAUUUUAGAUUGCUACGUGGCCUGGAAGACUACUUAAAACUCUUUUGAGGAAUUUGUUGGAAGCACAAUAAUAGAAUACACUUCUGGUUCAGAUAAUGGAAGGUAAAAGCCGUGGAGUGUUUAAUCAUUUAUGAUCCAA